AGACUCAGCACUGGAAUCGGGUAAUUCUAUUUUUAUUUUAUUUUUUUUCACUUGGUGGUGCAAGGGUUAAAUUGGCAUUAUAGUUUUCCUUUAACAUUUUAUCUGUUUGUCCUCAUUUGCUCAGAGACGAUUGAUUUCUGAGUGAAUACAUUUGUGACAUGCCAGGCAUGUUUUAUCAUUGCUUUGUACUCUGUAUUUAUGCUUGGCCUUUCCAUUUGAAUAAAGCACUUUCCUAGUGAAUGAUGGUUUGUUCAUAAGCUUAGGUUGUUUUAGUUUUAUUAUUGCUAAUUUGCACUUACAGUGAACAAUGUGGAUUUUUUUCUUAUGUUGAGCACUUUUUUCCCUUAAAUUAAAAAUAACUGCAUGCUCCAAAAUGUGCUAGCUUCUUCGACUUCUCAGAACGUGGUGUUACAUUGUUCUCUUCAGUCAUGAUGUUAUCACCACUAAUUUUGAAUUCAUUCAAUGUGUUUCUAUUUGACACUAAUUAUCAGACACUUUUUCUUUUCUCCUUCAUAGGCUUUCCAGGCUCUUCCUAAUACACUGGAUGAAAUAGAUUCUGUGCUAAACGAGGAACGAUCCAGAGCCUCUUGCUUCACAAGCUUUAAUGCUUCAGUACGUUGUCUUUUUUUUUUUUUUGGGAUUGUAGUUGCCCUCCCACGCUGUAUUAGAGCUCUUGGUAAUAAUAAGCUAGACAGCAGGAACAAUAUGCUUUAAAUGCCAGAAUUUGACUCUAUUAGAAUUUUAAGUAGAGUCUUUAAACAAGAACAGAACAUACUGUUCUCAUUUUUUUUUCCUCACCAAAAAUACUGUGCUUAACCUGACAAAUGUCAUUUGGUUGCGUUGCCAUGUGUAAUUUCCAUCCUACUUUUGCUUUUAAGAAGCAUCCAAAAAUAAUGCAAGUAGCAUGUAUUUAAAUAUUUUGCUGGUUUCCAGUUCAUUCUAAGAUGCAGUGUGUUUUUUUUAUUUAUUUUUUAUUUAGGUUGUUGCAGAGUACAACAAACGAACAGAAGAAAUAAAACAGUUGACAGUAGAACUUGACCAGAAAAGAAAUGAGUUGGAUGACUAUAAGCAGAAUAUUUCACAGGUAGAUGCACUGUGUGGUCAAAUACAAAAAAUAGAUUACCGCGCCUAGAAGAUAAUAAAGCCCAUAGGUGAAAUCACAUGUAAAUCCUAUAUACGUACUUUGUCUAUAGGGUCUUUGUCUGUUAUACAGUGUGUGAUAUCUCAAAGAGAAGGGAAAAAAAGACAAUAAUAGUGCAACAUGUCCUUAACAAAAUAAAAUAAAGUGCUGUAACGAGAGCUCACUCACAAUUUAUAGAGCUACAGAGAGCUCUGCUGUGUUAAGCGUAGACGGUACAAUCGCCGUCACAGGAUAUAUUCAGCUGUAAUGAUGGUGGACUUUGACAGUAUAUUGGGGAAUCCUUGUAAGAUUGACUGCUGCCUCCAAGUAUAUAGCAAGCACCUAAUUUCUGUUUCUUUUUAACAUUGAGUGUGGUGCCCAAUGUGUUACUAGGACAGUUUUUAAGAGAUGCAAUCAAUGUGAGAGUAUUGCAUAUGUAUCUAUUAAAUGUGUUUGUAGACAAACCUGUAAGUAUACGCAAAAUACAGUGGAAAGAAAACCUCGUUCAGUAGCCUCACUUUUGGAUAUUGCAGGGUAUCUAAAUAUACCCCAGUGUCAAAAAGGAACACAUUUUCAAAUGGCAGAUAUUAGCUGCAUGUACUUAUGCAGAAAAUAGUCUGCAAUAUCUUUGUGUGUAAUAUGAUAUGCUGUUUGGUAAUGUUUUAUGCUGCUAACUUUACCUAACUGUAGUAAAGUUUAUACCUGAAUUUUGGUCCCCAGAUGAAAAAUUACACUUGUAAGAACAUGAAACUUAACCAGUAUGAGCCGAUUGUGGUUGUCAAAGGAAAAAUAUUAACAUGUAUAUGACAUGUAAAAAUUACAUGGUAAAACUUUUGUAGAUUUCAUCAUUAAGAUUGUUUUCACUAAAUGUCCACUAAAUCUAUAAUUCACAUGUUCAUGCAUUGUUAGAUUUCCACUUACUACUCUAGCAUCAGCAUAGAGGUGCUUUUUGGAGAGAUUAUUGACUUAUUGGAACCCCUAAAAUCUACACAGGCCAUGAAGAAAUUUAUAGUUUAUCUUCUAGGUAGUAUUAAAAUUUGAAUUAAGCUUAAAAGGACACUAUAUUCACCAGAAUAACUACAGCUUAAUGUUGUUGAGCUUCCAUAGUAAAUGUUGGUCAUCGUAUCACAUCUUCUAAAUAUGUUUCAUUACUGUUGCUGCGGUCUUUGUAUUACAGGUGAAAGAACGUUGGCUCAAUCCUUUGAAGCAGUUAGUUGAAAAAAUCAAUGAACAAUUCAGCAGCUUCUUCCGCUCCAUGCAAUGUGUCGGUGAGGUGGAUCUUCACACUGAAAACGAGGUGAAAAAUUAUAUACAAAUUGUGUAAUCUGCAUGAUGGUGCUUGGUUCUAAUCCACGGAGCAGUAUCAGGGCAAAUUGUGUGAAUGUUUCUGUGAAAAUGAAUGCCGAUUACGUUGAAUAAAUUGUUAACAGUGAAUUGUAAAACUGCCCAUCACAUUUGUGAGGAUCACUCGGGGCAGGGGCAGGGCCUGACAACGUACUAGGAUGGUCACAUGACUCUGGAGC